CAAAAGUACAACAUUAGAUGGAGCAGAGGGUUUAGGGUUUUGCCCUCUUAGUUUGUUUCUCUGAAUCGCAGGCAAAAGAGAAGUGAAAACCAAGGAAGAAGAAGAAGAUGUGGUAUCUGUGCGUGUUCUUCCACAGAUUAUUAGACUACAGGAAAGCCGAGGUCGAAUCUUUAGCACAACUCUUUAGCAACGAAGAUCAAGAAUACCAGUGUUUGCAAUGGAGGCUGCCACUGCUCCACCACCCAGAUUCCCCUUUCCAUUUCGUCGAUCUCCCUUCGGAAGACGUAGCCAAGAGCAUCGCCAGUCGAAGCAUACUUGUGAAAGGAAUGUAUGAACUUUGGGGAGAAGGAGGUAGCUAUGAGGAACUGGAAGAGUGUAUAAGAAAUUACCCAGAUGAGCGGAAGUUGCCGUACCUAGACUCCAAUAGUACUUUCAAGAUUAAUGUUGACACCUUUGGUAAAGUCAUCAGCCUCCAGGAGCAAACCCAACGCAUUCAGGGGCUUAGCUACAUUCCUUUCAAGGGUCGAGUUAAUUUGAAAAAUCCAGAACACAAGUUCUGGCUUAUGGAAACUGAUGAUUAUGGAGCUAGCAAUGGUCUUCCACCAAUGGUCCAAAAAAGAAUCUUUUUCGGUCGGGAGAUUGGUGGUGCUGAUAGAAAACUUUUACCUACAUAUCAGUUGAAAAGCCGCACUUAUCUUGGACCAACGGCCAUGGAUGCAGAAAUGGCUUUCUUAAUGGCAAACCAAGCUUUGGCCACACCAGGGAAGCUUGUCUACGAUCCUUUUGUUGGCACUGGGAGCAUUCUUAUAGCUGCUGCCCAUUUUGGAGCCAUGACAAUGGGUGCAGAUAUUGAUAUCAGGGUGGUACGCGAUGGCCGUGGCCCUGACUGUAAUGUCUGGAGCAAUUUCAAGCAGUAUGGAUUACCAAUGCCGAUUGCUUUGUUAAGGGCAGAUAAUAACCUUCCUCCUUGGCGUACUGGAUUGAAAGAGGUAUUUGAUGCCAUAAUUUGCGACCCACCCUAUGGUGUUCGUGCUGGGGGACGCAAAUCUGGUGGCCGGAAGUUGAUGAAAGGAGUUAUCGGCCCUUACGUUGUUCCGGAUGACAAGAGGACAGACCACAUACCAUCAACUGCAUCUUACAGCUUGGUCGAGUGUGUACAUGAUUUGCUCGACCUAGCUGGCAGGAUGCUUGUAAUGGGUGGGAGGCUUGUGUUCUUCUACCCUGUGUUGAGUGAAGAUGAUAACGUUGAUAACCAUUUCCCAGAGCACCCGUGUUUCAAACUGAUUGCUACCUCCGAGCAGAUUCUGAGCUCACGUUACAGCAGAGUAUUACUGACAAUGGUGAAGACAAGUCCAUACACUGAAGACAUCGCAGAAGCAGCCAGAUUAAAACACCUAGACUUCAAAGAGAACCAUCUGAAAUGGUUAGAAGAUGGAAACCUUCAUUCUGCAGUUUUCAGUCCUACGGAUCCACAAUCAAAUGGGGCUGCCGAUCAUGCGAAGUUCACCAAAGAACCAAAGCCAAAAUACAGAGGAAAAUAUGUAUAGGCUUGACAAUUGGCUCUUUAGCUUGACUAUGACAGAUUUCAUAAUGGUGCUGCUACAGCUAGGUAGGAGAGUAGAAUGAAUUUUUGGUUAUCCAUGCAUUACUUAGGGAGCUUGUAAGUUAAUUUCGUUUGUUGUAAUUCUAAUGAAAGACCAAUGUGAUUUCCAUAUUUUAUAAAUGAUGAAAUUAUAUA